AUGGUUAAUAUUAUUUUCUCAUUGACUUUGUUUGGACUUUUAAUUGUCAAUCAUGUGUCUGCUACAUGGCCUCAAACUGCAGGAAAAACUACUCGCUACUGGGAUUGUUGUAAACCUAGUUGUGCGUGGCCUGACAAUGUAGCUGGCAAAAAUACUUAUGUGAAAAGUUGUCAUAGAGAUGGCUAUUCUGUACACAAUAAUGGCCAUGUUCGUAGUAGCUGUGAUGGAGGUGAUGCUUUUACCUGUAACAAUCAUAUACCUUGGGCUGUUAAUGAUCAAUUCGCUUAUGGAUUUGCUGCUGCUACUAUUCCAGGACAAAGUUUACAAGAUACCUGUUGUACUUGUUAUAUAUUACAUUUUACUAGUGGUCCAGUUCAAGGAAAGACAAUGAUUGUUCAAGUUACUAAUAGUGGACAUGAUGUAGGUACACAUCAAUUUGAUUUACAGAUUCCUGGAGGAGGUGUUGGAUAUUUUAAUGGAUGUUCACGUCAAUGGAAUGCACCAAGUGAUGGUUGGGGCCAACGCUAUGGUGGUAUUUCUUCUCGUGACCAAUGCUAUUCUCUACCUGAAUCAAUUCGACAUGGAUGUCUAUUCAGAUUCGAUUGGUUUCGAGGAGCUGACAAUCCUACAAUGACCUACUCCAAAAUUCAAUGUCCUAGUGAAUUAGUUGACCGUACUGGGUGCUCUCGCAAAGAUUAA